AUGACAGGAUCAUCUCUGGAUGCCUGCACAGCCAAGGUGCCCCGGCUCUGGGAGGAGGUGGGUUUCCCAGGCUGGCACGGGCACUUGGAUAUAACAGGUCUGCCUUGUGUUGCUUUCACAGGGCUUUCGGGGCCCGCCAGAGCAAUGACACCGGAUGUGUGGUCUCAGGGCUGUGUGGUGCAGGUGACUCUGUAUGGUGCUCUGGUCCUUCUCUGCCUGCUGGGUAAUAGCCUGGUUCUCCUAACGGUCCUUGCCAUGACUGUGAAGCAUGGCACCAUGGCUGCCUCUGACCUUCUCCUGGCCAACCUCUCCACCAUCAACCUCCUUCUCACAGUGCUGCGGAACACGCUGAUCUUCGCAGCUGACCUGGGACUACAGCUCUCCUUGUCUGCCACUUGGUGUAGGGUCUUCAUGUUCACCUGGGUGCUUUUGAGAGCUAUGAGUACCUGGGCCACUUCCUGCCUGAGCAUCUUCCAUUGCCGUACCAUAAGGAAGCAGCAUCCCCUAGGGGCUAGGGAAGCCAGAGGGGCCAGGGACGCAGCUAUCGCUGUAUCUGCCCUCUGGAUGGCGAAUGUGUUGUAUUCUCUUCCUGCCUUGGUGUAUUCCAGCCACGUGGCUGGGAAUACCACUCUCUCCCCGAUGCUGGUGAGCAGUACCACCAGGCCUUUGCUGGGCUGUACCUGGGCUUUCCCUUCCCAGCAGAGCGGGAUGGCCUAUGUCACGGCUUCCUUAGUCAUCCAGGAAACUGUGCCCGCAGUCCUGAUGCUGGGCGCCAAUGUGUACACCUUGCACAAACUGAAGGGGCACGUGAGAGCCAUGGGGGCCGAGAAUGGGGUGGCCAGGUUUGCCUCUGAGCGGAGAGCUGCCAAGGUCAUCAUGGCCCUGGUCGUUCUGUUUGUGGGCUGCUGGGGGACCAACACGCUGGCAGUCGGCUACCACAGCUUCACCAGCUGGCCCGCCGCACCCUUCCUGCUUCAGGCUGCAAAUUUCUGCACCUCGCUCUUCUUGGGGAUGAGCUCCCUGAUAAUCCUGGCAGGGCACAGCCAGCUGCGAAGGACGCUCCGGAGAAUGAUCUGUGCGCGCUAA